GUAACUUGUGGGUGGGUGUUUGUUUGUUAGUGGCUAUUUAGCAGAUGCAGACGUUGAUCUUCUCAGUCAAUCAUGGGUGGUGUUAGGAAUCAGUCAUGGAGCUGGACAUGGUGUGUCGUCUUGAGCUGGAUGUUUGUGGCUGGAGCAGAGGCUAAACCAAGUUACCUGGUUGGAAUUCCUGCUGUUCUGGAAGCUGGAACUGAAACCAAUUUCUGUGCGAGUCUGCUCCACCCCAAUGAGACUCUGACAAUGAGUGUCUUUUUGCACUCUAAAGAGGAGAACAAAACUCUAUUCGAAGAGGAAUCCAGCAAAGACUUUCAUACGUGCCACAAGUUUAAGGUUCCUGUUCCUAAAGAGGAUGAGGUGCAGGCAAUGGUUGUGGAGGUACGAGGUGCAACCUUUUUCUCAAGAGAGGUCAAGAAAGUCUUGAUCAAAGUGUACAAACCGAUGACCUUCAUCCAGACCGAUAAACCCAUCUACCUCCCAGGACAAACUGUGCAGUUCAGAGUUGUUUCCCUGGACACCAAGUUAAGACCUGCCGUUCAAAUGUACGAUAUCAUUGAAAUUCAGAAUCCGAGCAAUAGCCGUAUUGGACAGUGGCUGAACAAAACAUCCGGCAGUGCAAUAUUGCAGCUGUCUUACUCCUUGAACUCUGAGGCACGGGAAGGAAGCUACCAAGUCAUAGUGUCAGUUGGCGAAGACAGACUUUACCACAGCUUCAAGGUGGAGAAAUACGUUUUGCCGAAAUUUGACGCAAAAAUAAAUGGGCCAAAUGAAGUGGCUAUUGUAGAAGAUGACAUCACCAUUGAAGUAUGUUCAAAGUACACAUAUGGACAGCCUGUGCCUGGCAGUGUCAAACUUAAGAUGUGUCGCCCACUCUCCCCGUAUCUUUACGGCGACUCAAACGAGGACCUUCUCGUAACUCCCCCCUGCUAUGAGGAUACAAAACAGACCGCUAAGACAGGCUGUGCUACUUUUACUGUGAAAUUGUCCACUUUCACAAAAAUUGACAAGAAGGCAGUGCAAGAUGUACUUGAUGUCGCUGCGGAGAUGACGGAGGAGGGGACGGAAAUUACAGUGCCGCAACUCAAAAGAAUAGAAAUUUCUUAUGUAAUUGGAAAGCUUUCAUUUAAGGACACACCUAAGAUUUAUGAAGCCUCAUCAAUGGUGGAGGGUAAAGUUCAAGCGGUUUACUACAACAAUACUGCCAUUGAGGGCAUGGAUUUGUACCUGCUGGAGGGAAACAGGUGGUCACCAGUUCUCCGACAGAACCUCACCACUGACACGAACGGCCUUGCCGCAUUCUCGAUAAGCACUGAGGGUCAAGGGGAAAUUUACCUCUACGUUAGUGCUGCACCAAACCUGGAGCAUAGUUUUCAAAUCCCAUACUAUGAGAAUGGAGAGCACACUGUUUCUCCAGUUCUGAAACCUUCUCUUGAUGUAAAGACUGUCAGCUACCUAGUGGUGAAGAGUAAGGAUGCACCAAUUCCUUGCGACAAAGAUGAAGACGUCACCAUCCAAUAUGUUGCAGCCGGAGAGUCUCAAGGGACUGCCGAUCUUAUGUAUCUGGUGCUUGCCAGGGGAGCCAUUGUUUUUCAAGGAGUAAAACAGUUUGCUGUUGAGGAUAAACCAGUGACCGAGGGUGAGGUGACUUUCCAGUUGAAAGUUUCUUCAGAGAUGGCACCAGAUGUCCAGGUCGUUGCAUAUGCUGUGCUUCCUAGUGCAACAGUAAUUGCCCACAGUGCACACUUCACCACUGAGAAAUGCUUUGGUAACAAAGUCUCUGUGGAGUUUAUUCCAUCUUCAGCUGUCCCAGGCGAGCCAACAAUUUUGCAGCUGACAGCUCAGCCCAAUUCUCUGUGUGGGCUGAGUAUUGUUGACCAGAGUGUCCUCAUCAAAGAGCCAGGAAAGACCUUAGAGGCAAAUAAGAUAUUUGGGCUGUUGCCUGUCACAAAAUCAACAGAUGUUCCAUACAGAGUUGAGGAUCCAGAGGAAUGUUUACACGUCAGACCUAAAAGAUAUGUUCUACCAUUCCCUGGGCGUGAAAUCGAAGACCCUCACACAGUUUUCCGGAAUAACGGUCUGAAGAUGGCGACAGAUUUGUCCAUCAGACUGCCAACUUGCUUGAAGUAUAAGGGAAAAGAAUAUUAUCACUCUCCCUACGGUGUGACUGCAUUAAGAUACCAAUCUUUGGAUGUGAUGGCGGCUCCUGCUCCUGUUGCUAUGGGAGUCAGUAUGGGUGGUGUCGCCCCAAUUCAGACAAUCCGCAACUUCUUUCCAGAGACUUGGUUGUGGGACAUGGUGGAAGUCGACAUUUCUGGCAUGAAGGAUGUGUCCCUAACUGCCCCGGACACCAUCACCACAUGGGAGACGGAGACUUUCUGCCUGUCCUCUCAGGGUUUUGGCUUGGCUCCUCGUGAAAAUUUAACAGUCUUCCAGCCUUUCUUCCUUGAGCUCACUCUGCCGUACUCCAUCAAACGUGGGGAAGAAUUUGAGCUGAAAGCCACAGUCUUCAACUUCCUCUCCAAAUGCAUCAUGGUUAGUGUGACUCCAACCCUCUCCUUGGAGUACAACCUCACCCCAGUUUCUGGUGAAGAGUACAGUCGCUGCCUAUGCGCCAAUGAGCGCAUGACCCUCAAAUGGACUUUGGUUCCCUCAACAUUAGGGGUUGUCAAUGUCACCGUGACUGCUGAAGCCGUGCUGUCCCAGACUUCUUGUGACAAUGAGAUUGUGAGCGUGCCAGAAAGAGGUCGUAUCGACGUGGUCACAAGACCUCUCAUUGUGAAGGCUGAGGGAACAGAGGUGACACAGACCCGCAACUUACUGCUCUGCCCUAACGGAGGUGGUAUAAAGGCUGAAACUGAAGCAAAGCUACCUGAGAAUGCAAUUGAAGGAUCAGCACGUGGUCUAGUAUCUGUCCUGGGUGACAUUUUAGGCCGGGCUUUGAAGAACGUUGAUGGCCUGUUGAGGAUGCCGUAUGGCUGUGGAGAGCAGAACAUGGCACUGUUUGCCCCAAACAUUUACAUACUGCAGUACCUUAAAGACACACAGCAGCUGACACCGGCCAUGGAAGAAAAAUCUCUCAAAUUCCUGACCAGUGGCUACCAAAGACAACUUAACUACAAGCAUUUCAGUGGUGGGUAUAGCACUUUUGGGACUGGUACGGAGAACACUUGGUUGACUGCUUUUGUGAUGAGGUCUUUUGCCAAAGCCAAGUCUUUCAUUUACAUUGACCCUUUGGAAAUUGAAAGUUCUCAAAGUUGGCUUGAAAGCAAGCAGAAAGAAAACGGUUGUUUCCAAAUGUCGGGAAAACUUUUUAACAACAGGAUGAAGGGUGGAGUUUCUGAUGAAGUGACUCUCAGCACUUACAUCACUGCAGCCUUCUUGGAAUCGGGUAAAUCUGUUAAUGAUGCCACAGUGACCCAGAGCAUGUCUUGCUUGAAAGACUCCCUCAGUGACCACAGCAACACUUACACGACAGCUCUGCUGGCCUAUGUCUUUACCUUGGCUGGUGAUGAGAAGACUCGUGCUCAGCUUCUGGAGCACUUGGACAGCAUUAAAAUACAAAAAGAUGGGUUUACUCACUGGUCCCAGAAGUCAACAAAAGGAUUUGAGUCUCUUUCUGUCGAGAUCUCCUCUUAUGUGCUGCUGGCCAGACUUAGCAGUUCUCCCACUGCUGAAGAUCUGGGUUACGCCUCCGGCAUUGUCAGAUGGCUGACGAGCCAGCAGAACUAUUACGGAGGCUACUCUUCUACUCAGGACACAGUGGUGGCUCUUCAGGCUCUGUCUCUUUACAACACUCUGGUAUUCAGUCCAGGGGGUGAAAGCACAGUGACUGUAUCGUCUCACAGUGGCCAGAGUGUAUUUGAAGUCAACCAGAAUAAUAAAUUGCUCUACCAAGAAGUUCUAAAGGAUUUCACAGGACAGUUCAGUGUGGAGGCGAAGGGGACUGCAUGCGCUUCAGUACAGAUGACUCUUCUCUACAACAUUCCUACACCCACUGACGUCACUACUCUUAGUGUCACGGUGCAGACUGAGGCCCACUGCGCCAGCCCAUCUGGCAGACCAAAAGUCACCCUGAAGCUGCAAGCUCUAUUCAAUGGGGUUGAAAACGGUACAAACAUGGUGAUUCUGGAAAUCAAUUUGCUGUCUGGUUUUCAAGUAGACCCAAACUCUUUCCACAGACUCAAAGGCGCUUUGCUGGUUGAUCGUGUUGAACAGAAGGAAGACCGUGUGCUUGUGUAUUUGGAGUCUCUACCAAAGGAAAUACCAAUAAACUACAGCUUGGACCUGAUCCAGGAAAUUCCAGUGCAGAAGCUUAAACCAGCUGUGGUUAAGAUCUACGACUAUUACCAGCCAAGUGACCAGGCAGAAACAAUUUACAAUUUUGAUUGUAAGACAGAUUGAAGCACAGCUGGUGUUGCAUCCAUCACUGAAUCACCAUAAAAUGAGCAUGUAUUUUGAUAGUUUCUGUAACUCCAUGUCUGCUGGUUUAAUAAGAUGACACUUUGACAACAGUUCAAAAUUAAGCUACAGAUUUGAAAUAAAGUUAUUGAACUGUGAAA